GAUUUGAGUACAGUGAGCGCCGGAAGGAUGAACGACAAGGUAGGGCACUAGGGCCACGACUAGGGCCUACAUGUUGGACCAUCGGACUAUCUUGGGUCGAGUAGUGAAUGAGAUUCUGGUUCCCGUGAUAACCCGCACGAAAAUCAAGCGGAAAGUCUACAAGGAAGUCGUGAUGUUUUCUGUGAGCAGCAAAUUUCUCUCCAACAUUAGAUGCUACAGUGCCGUGAUACAUAGGUUCAAAUCAACGUCAGAGCGCUUCGCUCGAGCUGUCGAAGAUCUAAAAGGUGUCACUACACAGCCUUCGAAUGACGUCAAAUUGUCGCUGUAUGGACUUUAUAAACAGGCCACAGAGGGAAAGUGCACUGCGUCAAGGCCUGGAGUGUUUGACUUAGUAGGAAGGGCCAAGUGGGAUGCUUGGAACAAGCUGGGAUCGUUGAGUCAGGCCGAAGCAGAACAACAGUACGUAACGCUCGUAGAAGGCUUAAAGAGCCCUCUUGAACCCGCCUCGAUGGAGCUCAAGUCUGCAGUUCCAGAUGGAAUUGUGGCCACGAUCCAAGAUAAAGUGUUCACCGUUCGCUUCAACAGACCCGACAAGAAGAAUUCAAUCACGUCUAAGAUGUACCAGGGCAUUAUUGAUCUGGUCAAAGAAGUGACUGAAAGGGAAGAUGUAAACCUUCUGGUGUUGACUGGCACUGGAGAUUUCUUCUCGAGCGGCAACGACCUUGAGAAUUUCCUACACAUGGCUAAAACUGGACGUACCAUAGAAGACCUGGCUAAAGACGCUGCAGAGCUUGUUAGGGUUUACGUUUCAACGUUUAUCGACUUUCCAAAGCCUAUGGUGGCACUUGUGAACGGGCCUGCGAUCGGAGUGGCGUGUACGAUCCUCGGGAUUUUUGACGUGGUCUAUGCCUCGGACAAGGCUUUCUUCCAGACGCCGUUUUCCAAUUUGGGCCUGAGUCCGGAAGGCUGCUCAUCGUUUACAUUUCCACGCAUCAUGGGGAAUGCUAGGGCAGGAGAAGUGCUGAUGAUGAACAAGCAGUUGAGCGCUGAAGAAGCCAAGUUGUGCGGCUUUGUAUCCGACAUAUUGCCCCACUCUUCAUUUGUGGACGAGGCGGAACAACGGGUGAAGAAGAUGGCAGGCUUGCCACCAAACUCAUUGAUGUACUCGAAGAUGCUGUUGAGGGACGUCGUGAGAGCGGACCUUCACGCAGCCAACAAUCGCGAGUGUGAUCGACUCAUCGAACGCUUCACCUCGGACGAAGCUCUCGGUGCCGUGAUGAACUUUUUCAAGGGAAAGGGGAAGCUCUGACGUGUGAAACUGUAGGGGGAGGACACACCACCAGCUUGAAAACUGUUAUAGUCACCCGUCCUACUUACGUACGAGAUUGGUUAAUUUCCAUACGAACCUUAUCGAGCAAUAUGAGGGAGAUUUAUAUUCAACGGGUUCCUUAUACAAUGCUGUUUAUAAAUUGUACACUGCUUCGUGAGGUGCCUUAUAUGUGAAGUGCACAAUACAAAUUUUUCUAUGUUGGUUGGCCAUUGUAAGAGUUGUUCCUUAAAACAUCGACUGGACUGGAAAGGCAUAAAUAAAUGCAAUCUUGAGGAUC